UUAUCUCAAAAAUGCAGCUUCUCAACAUGAAGGAGAAUGGAGAGACAAAUAUAAUAAAGCUCGAGAAUAUCUCUCUUCCCAAAUUGGAGAUGCCGAUGCAGAAAAAGAAUUAUUAGAAGUUACCGACAAAUAUGUAGUUGACAAAGCAACAAACAAAGUUAUUGACGACCAUAAACAAGGAAUUAUUGCUAUUGAAAAGGAAAAGAGACCAAGCAUUCUUGGAAAUAUUACUGGUGGUUUAACGAAAAUAUAUAAAACUACCACAGAUACCGUCAAAGAUCUUGGUAAAACUACCACAGAUACCGUCAAAGAUCUUGGAAAACACAUAGAACAAGCUCUUGAUACAGAUGAUCAUGAUCAUCAAGAUAAAGCUGCCGCCUUAAUACUUGUCCAAUCUAAUGAUACACCCGAAAAAACUAAAUCAAUUUUUACAACACAGAAAGAUGAUGGAUGCUUCGAAUUAAGUGAAACAGUAGUUAAAGAAUUAGAUGUUCCUGAAAAAGAAGUUGUAACUACUAUUCAAACAUAUACCACAAAUGAGAAAUUAAAGAAACCCGAAUCAACAUCUUGGUGGACAACAGCAUUAACUCUUAGUUAUCUCAAGAAUGCCGCAUCUGAAUAUGAAGGAGAAUGGAGAGACAAAUAUAAUAAAGCACGAGAAUACCUCUCUUCCCAAAUUGAUGACGCGGAUGCAGAAAAAGAAUUAUUAGAAGUUACCGACAAAUAUGUAGCUGAUAGAGUUACCGAAAAACUCAGACCCAGGAUCAUUAAAAAAGAAAUUGAAAUCAAAAGAAUUAAGGUCGAAGAAGAAACACGACAAGCUGUUUAUUCUUGCCUUCGUGAAUAUGCAAACAUAGAAGUUGUUCGUACAAUUUGCAGUUCUCAGAAUGGUGACGGAACAUUUUCUCUCCAUUCUGUAAUCACAUCGCAUCUUGGAAUUCCUUCUUUGACAACUGCCGUAGAGUCCCUUAAGGAUUAUGUCGGUAGUCAAUUAAGAGAAUAUGAAGAUAAUAUUUGGUAUACAGCAUUUACGAUCGUCUACUUUAGAAUAGUCUUAAUUGAUCAUGAAAAAGAAUGGAAAAGUGCAGUUAGCCAAGCGUCAUUGUGGAUAACAAACAAGAUUAAUAAUGUUGAAUUAGAAAAGGAGUUAUACGCCGCUUGCGAUCAAUACUUAAUUUCACUAGGUAUUGAAAUCCUUAACAAUCGUUCUUCCACCAUAACGGUUAAAGUAUAUAAUGUCCCCGAAGAAUCACGUAAGAUCAUUUAUAAGAGACUUAAUGAGAGCUGUACAACCCAAGUUUCUCGCACACUUUGCAACUCUCAAGCCAAAGAUGGUUCAUUUACUUUGCAUCCAUCAAUUAUGAAACAUUUACAAAUUCAGUCAAUUGAUGCAGCCGUCGAGUCUCUUAAACAUUAUACUGGUGUUUCAUAUUUAAGAAGUUGCGAUAACUCCAUAUGGUACACAGCCUUUACUAUUACAUACUUCAGAAUUGUUUUAAUUAAUUACGAAAGCGAAUGGAAACAUAUAGUGGAUCGUGCGGCUACUUGGAUUACUGAAAAAAUCAAAAAUGCAGAAAUCGAAACUGAAUUGUACAAAGCUUGCGAACAGUAUUUGAUUGAACAAGGGGUAAACCAUCUUGAUGAGAAACCGGAAACUGUUAAAACUGUAAAAAUGACACUUAAUGUUGAUGAAAGCACGCGAAAAUCCGUGCACGACCACCUUAGAUUACGCUAUUCAACUGAUGCUAUUCAUGUUAUCCGUACACUCAUUUCCGGACAAGACAAUGACGGUUCAUUUAAACUACAUUCCUUAAUCUCUGAUCAUCUACAAAUUUCUUCAAUCGCAGUCGCUAGCGAGUCUCUUAAAGGUUAUGUCGGCAUUACGUCUCUAAAAAAUGACGACUCAGAUAUAUGGAGUACAGCUCUUACAAUUACUUACUUUAGAAUCGUAUUUGAAAAAUAUGAGGAUGAAUGGAAGGACGCUAUUAAACGUGCUACAGUCUGGAUAACGGAAAAGAUCAAAGCCAAAACAGAAAAAUAUGUCGAAGCAGAAGAAGAAUUAUAUCAAGCCUGUGAACAAUACUUUAUCGAACAAGGGAUUGAAGUCUUUAAUAAAGAAGCUAUCACUGAAUUAGACAAAAUUGUAAUUACUGAUAAUACACGACAAGCUGUAUACUCCCAUCUUCGUAGCGGCGCUAACAAAGAUAAUACUCUAAUAAUUUGCAAGUCCCAGAAUAAUGAUGGUUCAUUCUCUCUUCACACCCUAAUAAAAGAGCAUCUUCAAAUCCGGUCAAUCGACACUUUAACUAGAUCUUUGAAACGUUUUUCUGAAAGUCAAACCCUAAGAAGAUCAGAUGAUUCUAUAUGGUUUACGGCAUUUACAAUCACUUACAUCAAAAUUGUCCUUGUUGAACAUGAAUCCGAAUGGCGCAAAGUUGUUGAACGAGCAUCUUCCUGGAUUACCGAGCGAAUAAAGAACGCCGAACUUGAAAAAGAAUUAUAUUCAGCAUGUGAACAGUACUUGAUUGACAGGGGUUGUAGUAUUAUUCAAGCAGAAGAAAGCGAAGUGUCACUGUCUAAAAAUGCUUAUCUCAAUCCGGAGAUCAUUGUCAUCGGAGCUGUAUAUGAGGCUAAUCGUAAAUUCGAGAAAAAUUGUGUUGAAUCAAAGACCAAACUUGAUUUAAAUCAAGCCCGCGAAAAGAUUGACUUAUUUGUAGAAGAAGAAGUUGAAAACAUAUUUGCCACUAGAGUCGCUUACGGUGACAAAGAGGAUAUUCUGCGUCGUGCAAAACGUGCCGCACGCUUCUUGGUCGAUGAACACUAUAAGGCUGAUGAACUCUGUUGCUCUCGUUGCGGCAAGGACUACUGA